GAGGGCAGGGACGCCGGAGACGCGCAACGGCAGCAGCAGCGCAGUGUGUUUGGAGCCACCGGUGGAGAUCAUUCAACACUCCGAGCACUGACUGAGAGGACCGAAGGAGACAGAUCCACCCCCUCCACCCAAAUCUGAGCAAAAACAAACGAUGGACAUCCUCAUCCCGCCUUUAAACAGCAACGAAAGCGUCGGAUGAGUGGAGUGGGAGAUGCUGCGCACGGCCGCACCAGUGUGGCCGCUCCAGUGAACCAGGACUGUGGGUGUGUGUGCGCCUAGGGCUCGCCGUUACCACCGGACCGCCUCGCCAACUUCCCCCGCUUUCCAUCAAGUCAUGUCUGAUACAGAGCGAUGGGCAAGUUUGACGACAACGAGAGGAUAAUCCUCAACGUCGGGGGCACCAGGCACGAAACCUACAAAACCACCCUGAAGACCCUACCGGGGACCAGACUGGCCCUGCUCGCCUCCGACUCGGACAUCGACUCCGUGUUGGAUCAGCUGCAACAAGUCCCCGGCUUCAUCGAGUACAACGCCAGGACCAACGAGUACUUCUUCGACCGCCACCCGGGUGUCUUCGCUUACGUCCUCAACUACUACCGCACCGGGAAGCUCCACUGCCCGGCGGAUGUGUGCGGACCGCUGUUCGAGGAGGAGCUGUCCUUCUGGGGCAUCGAUGAGACGGACGUGGAGCCCUGCUGCUGGAUGACAUACCGGCAGCACCGGGACGCGGAGGAGGCUCUGGACGUGUUCGAGCUCAACGUGGACAACGGAGAGGAGGACGACGAGAUAGGGAAGAGACUGGGCAUUGAGGAUGUGGCAGCCGACGGUAAUGUCAGCCUGUGGAGGAAGUGGCAGCCGGUGAUCUGGAAUCUAUUCGAGGAUCCGUACUCCUCCAGGGCGGCGAGGUUUAUUGCCUUUGCAUCUUUGUUCUUCAUCCUGGUCUCCAUCACCACCUUUUGCUUAGAGACUCAUGAGGCUUUCAACGAAAUCAUCAACAAGACUGAAGUGAUGCGUAACAGCAGCCAACCGGACUCAGGCCCACAGUAUGAGAUUAUAACUGACCCUGCACUCACCUACGUGGAGGGCGUUUGUGUCUUCUGGUUCACCAUCGAGUUCCUGGUGCGUGUGACCUUCUGCCCAGUGAAGCUGGAGUUUGUAAAGAGUGCGCUCAACAUUAUCGACUUUGUGGCCAUUCUGCCUUUCUACUUGGAGGUAGGGCUGAGUGGCCUUUCUUCAAAGGCCGCCAAGGAUGUGUUGGGGUUCCUCAGGGUGGUGCGCUUUGUUCGUAUACUGCGUAUCUUCAAGCUAACACGUCAUUUCGUAGGGCUUAGGGUUCUGGGCCACACAUUACGUGCCAGCACCAAUGAAUUCUUGCUGCUCAUCAUCUUCCUGGCAUUGGGAGUGUUGAUUUUCGCCACCAUGAUCUACUAUGCUGAACGCAUUGGGGCCAAGCCCAAUGACCCUACAGCUGCCCUCCAUACAAAGUUCAAGAACAUCCCCAUUGGCUUCUGGUGGGCGGUGGUAACCAUGACAACACUGGGAUAUGGUGACAUGUACCCAGAGACCUGGUCGGGUAUGGUUGUGGGCGCGUUGUGCGCUUUGGCCGGUGUGUUGACGAUAGCCAUGCCUGUUCCUGUUAUCGUGAAUAACUUUGGGAUGUACUACUCUCUGGCGAUGGCCAAGCAGAAGCUUCCCAAGAAGAGGAAGAAACACAUCCCUCAGGUGGUGCAGGGAGGGUCCCCCUCCUACUGCAAAGCAGAUCUCAACACCACCUGCAACAGCACUCAAGGUGACCUGUGCCACGUCAAAGGGACCAGGAUACUAGAACGCAAUCGCUCAGUUCUGUCGGCAGAUUGCAGCGGCGGUAGCGACCUGACAAUGUCUCCCGAAGAGCGAGUCCCCAUGCGGAGGUCUAGCACCAGGGAGCAGGACCACCGCAGUGGGGGGACAUGCUUCCUGCUUGCAGCUAGCGAUUACACCUGCCCUGCAGAUGGAGGGUUGCGAAAAACAGGCUAUGAGAAAUCCCGGAGCUUAAACAACAUAGCGGGCAUGGCUGGUAAUGCCCUGGGCUUGUCUCCUGUGACCUCGCCCUACGGAUCUCCUUGCCCGCUGAGGCGCUCCCGCUCCCCUAUCCCCUCCAUCCUGUGAGACGUCCAGGUCUGGGCCACUUGGCCUAAACCACCAUACAUCUUACCCCCCAGACAAGCCACCUUCCUUUGGUAUCCCAACUGGACUGCGUUCUACAUAUUGUGACUUAUUUAUAGUGGUUAAGUACUUAACUUUGUAGCUAAGACUAAUGUUACUCGCAUGGGAAACCUGAGCAAAUCUCGACUUCCCCUUCUCCUUGAAGAUAGAUGUGCUUUAGCUAACAUCUUGGUUAGUGGUUAGUCAGUUGUUCAGUGUCAAUAGAGUCCCUUAAGUUUGAUACUGUUGUACUUUGGGGCUUGCAAUAAGGACAGACUGGUGGCUUCAGAAGUAGCAGCCAUAACAUUUAAUAAAGAAAAUAUUAAUAAUCAGGGAUAUUAGAUGUUGCUAUAUUUAGAUACCUUGAAAAAAGACGUGCUUCCAAAAAAAAAAAAAAAAGUGAGAUGUCACUUCAUUUUAACCUCAUAUAACUGUGACUUUGUUGUUUUGUUUUGUUUUGUUUUUUUUUGGGGGGGGGGGGGGUUGGAGGGAUGGAUGUCGGGAUGAAGGAUUUGUCUUUCAGGAUCAAGCACACGUAGUGUCUGUCACUCUUCACAUGCUGCUGGGCCUGCUUGUGUUUUUGCAUGGAUCAUCCUGUAACCAUCGUCUGCAAACAGUGUGACGAGGGGAGAGGAAUGUGGCAGACAGUGAAGGAAACAUAAAUGAAGGAGUAUUUCUUAACUCACUCUGCUGAGGUUUAGGGCGUACAUUUGACUCGUAUUGUGUCUCAUUUUGCCAUUGGCUUCACCAACAAUCCACUAAGGAGACUUAAAAAAAAACAAAAACAGCACCAGCUGGGUUGUUCAUUUCUCUGUGCAUGUGGAUUUUUGUUCGUCUGCUGCUAUUUCCGAUUAACUUUCCCCUCUCCCCCUUUAUGUUUUUAUUUCUUUAAUGGAGUGCCACCAAAGCUGUUGUGUCUCUGGUUGUUUACUCACAGAUAACUGCAAAGAGGUUGUCUUUACUGGUUUCACACAAGCAGAGAGCAGCGUUCUAUCUUAAUGGCUUGAGGGAAAAAGCUGUGCUGUGGCGGAAAGGUAAUGUGAGUCAGAUUGCAGUGCAAACUCCUCAUGAUGAUUUAUGACAUUUUUUUUGUGUGUGUGCAUUAAAAAGGGGGUAAUUCAAUAAUCAUAAGAAGAGAAAAAACAGGAUAUGGAUGCAAAGAUUUCAACACAGAUCAUACACACAUUUAAUGACAACUUUGGAGGCACCUCCUGUAGUAUUUUAAUCAUCACAUACAUGCUACAGAUAACACUAAUAAGUACUGUAAGGCUUGAUUUUACAGCACAUUAGUUUAUUGCAGAAAAAACAACUGCUCUAUAAAUUUUUAAGCCUUUGCUUUUUGUGCAUUUUCAUGUCAAAUCCUCAUAUUAGCCACCACCAAGGGCUAUGUUAACCACUCUCAAAUCCCCAAACCAGACAAACUAUCUGAGCCUCCCUAACAUCAGUUUGAACUGUCAGUGGAUCUCAUACUAAACCGAAGCAGCCUUUUUUUCUCUGAAAGUGCUGUGUCAUUUAUUAUUGAGGAGACUUUUAUUUCAUAACAGGCAUAAAUUGCCUGUGUGCACCAACAGGUGUGGAUCAGUGGACAUAACCAUGCAGUGAUGUGCCUCACCCAUCCCUACAGUAUGUCUAUACCAGUAGCACCAGGUUGCUUAGCAACUGGCUCACCGCUAGAUGCAUCUUACACAUAGCUUGGCAAAAAGUCAAACAAUUAAAAAGAAGAGCUCUUGCAAACAUUUCUUUGUCUGUACACAGAAUUAUUGAAUCAUCCCCAGUAAAACGUUGUAAUAUACUAUAGAGCUUUUAUAAAUCUGGAGAAACGCCUAAAGAGCACCAUAGAUUUGUACGAUGUUCUCAUAUUUGUGCAUAUAUUAAAAAUAGCCAGUAUGUGCAUGUCAAGGUCUUCUGAAAUGAUGCUCAAAAGAGACAGAUGCAUUUCUGAUAUUUAGAGAUGUGACCUGUUUGUAUUUCAUUUAGACAAUUCAUUUCCUAUUUGGUCGUCAGUAUGAGGACCUAUUGCAGUGGGAGGAUCCCAUUUGGAGCCAUAAGGCCACCCCUACAGGACAAUAUGGACGGGGACUCAUUCAAACACCAGGGACUGACAGCAGCCCAGUUGUGGCUCAGCGAUGGGGAAAUGAACUUAAAUGAACGCCUGUGAGGACCUUGAUAGGCAUUUACCUUUUCCUGAUUUUUUUUUUCUUCCUGUUUUGGAACUGUGGAGGAAAAAAAGAGAGCAAAGCUCCAGCUCCAUGUCCAGAAGCCUGGACAUGUCCAAGAGACUAUCGACUGUAUAGAUAUCACUCCUGUAAAUAAAACAACAACACAGCACAUCUGGGCCAAGCGGCUCUGUACACACAUCUGUCUUUUGAUGGCGAGUCAGGUAACAAAAUUAUUGGUUGCUAAGUUGCGCCGUGACACUCAACGUCAGUCACUUUUCUUGCUGUGAUAUCCCUCCUCGCAAUAAGUGUAUUAAGAUGUAUCAGUUGAGGCACUUUGUGUUCUAAAAAUGGAGUGUAUUCAUAUAUGAAAUUCUACUUACAGUAUAUACAGUAUAGAGAGACAAACGUGCUAAGUUGAAUAAAUGUGACAUUAUGGUCAUCUCUGCUUUUGUUUCCCUUGGUAAUUUUCAGUAGGUCAGUCGCUCUGCUGUGUGUUAACGUGUGUGCGUGCAUAUCUUAAAACUCCGGGGUAAGAUCUGCAGUUUGAAAGGCCAGGUCAACAGAGACCAUUGAGUGGACCGUCACUCGGAGCCCCCUGUGAUGCAGCCGCCAUUGUAGAAGUCCCCCCUGCUGUGCGUUUACCAUGCAACGACCCUGCAUUAGUGCUGCAGAUGUUUGUCUCUUCACAAACCAAAUUAUUCUUACCAGACUAAUCCUCAUAUCUCCUGAUGGUUACAAAACUGCAUAACUUGAUUCUUCCAAACUUUCCCCUCGUGGGGGUGAAGCAAAAGUGUAGCAGAAGUUUACCAAGUUAAAAAGUGGGACUUCUAGAAUGGCUACAAUCUGCACAGUAGCAAACUUAUGAACCCAAACAAUCAGAUCGGAUUUGCAAUAAGCACCCGAAAACAAAAAGCGCCGAUCCACACUGUGAUUUCAGCAGCCCGUUAAAACCAGAAGGCAGAAGGAAACGGAGUGAGAGUGCAGCUCUAGAAGCUGACAGAGAGGACUGCCAGGUGGCACAACUUAUGCGUCACGUUGGUUAUGACCUGCUCAGUUAUUAGCCAGUGUCACCCUGUACCCACAAUCCUCCUCGUGUAGUACACACGCUGCUUUACUCUUUGAAUUGACAAAGGGAUACUGUUCUUUGUGUAUUUUUAGGAUGACGUUGUAACUUGAAAAAAGGUGUUUAUUUUUUUGAAUCCAGAACAUGUAUUUUUGUGUCUUACUGUUGAGUACACUGCUCUUACCUGUGAAAGUCAUGGUAGUCUGAUGCUGUGCUUCUCCAUCGUGUCCUCAAACUGUCAGGCUUUUGAUCGAAGUUCAUGUUUUGUAUGUUUACUGUGAGGAAAUUCUACUUUGAAGUCUGUAUUUGUGGAGCCUUUUGUUGGCAUUCUAAAGUGCAUGCUGAAAAAAAAAAUCAUUAUGUCAAACUGUAAAAAAAAUAAAUAAAUAAGAUGAUAUACUGUAUAUCAUGUUCAGAACAAUGUGUAUAGAGUAAAGGUAAAUGCUAUGUGAGAGAUUCACAUAAACUAUUUAUCUUUUAA